AUGGAUAAGGCUAGCACGAAUACAACUCUCGCUUCGUCUACCCGAACAAAACAACCUAAGAAGAGAAACAGUGACGUGCGCAAAGAGCAGAACAGAAUCGCGUCUCGUGCAUAUCGAGAGAAGCGCAAGCAAAAGUUAGCACUACUUGACGAGAUAUUGAAAUCUGAUUCUCAAACAGAUUCGAUGAGUUCAGUAUCCGACGAGACGGAUGGAUACAACGGGUCGUGGACCUUUCAAGAUAGACAAGCCUCGGGCAGCCCUGUUCCGGGGGCACUUCAGGUGCCCGCCGUGGCGCAAUGGGCCGCUGCAAGUCCCUCCAUAUCUUCGGCAGUCCCAAGCUACAGUCACGGCGCGUAUGAGGGUUGGAUGAGUUCGUUCAAUCAGCCGGACAAUGCGUUUCCUGCCAGUAACGAAUAUGCGCACUCUUUCAUUCCCACCGAAGUUGGGGAUAAUUCCCUAGGGAACCCAGUCCAGUUCACAAUACAAUCUCUCACGUCGGCACCUUCGACGCCUUCAGUGCCUCCUAUUCCGCUAGAUCCUUUGCUCGUUGCAAACAACUUCGCACCGCAACACCGCCAUAACCAAUUAGCACAACACCGAAAUAUUCCGAGUUCAUCUAACCCAAUUUAUAACAACGAUGAAACUCAGAGACAGUUAUGGGUCGCCUCUCUUGAAGAUGAUGUGUUAGUAGAGCUUGAGAGAUUUGCUGGAUAUAGCCAUAUCCAACAACAGCAAAUUCUAGCCAUGAUACAGAAGAGAAGGAGCUUAGCACAGAAUAGGUCAAACCAUCAAAAUGUGGAAUUCAGGUAUCCAACCUGUCAAGCUACACCUCCAUCAACAGCACAAUUUGUGAACACCGACUUUCGGAAAUACCAAAGCAUGCGACAGGUCUCUGGAUCACCUAUCCCAAGUAGUCGCCGCUAG